AUCUAUUCGCUCUGCUAACCCAGCCCUCGCUUUCGCAGCAUCCCGUCGGCUCAAUCCAGCCACCUUCUCCGUCCCGCACCAUCUGUCGCUGCCACUAUGUCCGACGAAGACUUUGUUGCUCCUCCCGCCGCCGUCCCAACCAUCACUGGCGCACCUGCCGCUGUUUCCUCGGCCCCCAUGGCCACAGUCGCCGCUGCUGUCGUCGAGCCCGAGGAACAAGAAGCUUCCAACUUGGCCCCUCCUGCUGCCGUCCCGACGGGCCACAAGCCCCCGGCCUCGCCCACUCUGACCUCCGCGCUGCUGCCGUCCAAUCUGCCCAUCACCGGAACCAGCUUCGAGGCGGUGGCUGGCCAUGGCACAAUCAUCGACCUCGGCGACGGUAUUGUCGCCAAACGCUCCGAGAUCAAGGAGCUUGCUUUUUACCAAAAAACUGAAGAAUACCGGUUCAAUCCGCCCAACAUCUUGAUCGCGUCCUACAUUGACUUUAUCCCACGCUUCUACGGCGAGUACAGCACUCCUCCAGCGCCCAAGGACGGCAGCCAUCCCUCUCCCAACGAGCGAUGGAUCCGCACCUACAACGCCACCAGCACCUUCACCAAGCCCUGCACCAUCGACAUCAAGAUCGGGACCCAGCUCUACGAGAACGAUGCAUCGCUUCUGAAGAAGGUCAGGAUGUCAGUCCGGUCGAUGGUGACGACAGUCGAGGCCACCGGCAUGCUGCUCUGCGGCAUGAAGAUCUACGACCCGCCCUCAGGCCACUAUCUCAAGUUCCCCAAGAGCUAUGGCUAUGCGCUCAACACGGUGACACUGCCGCUCGGUCUCCGCCAGUUCUUCUGCGACGGCAAGGGCCGACUUGUCCAUCGGGCGGCCAUCCCCAUACUGGUCACCAAGCUCGAGCGACUUCGGGAUACCCUCUCGGAGCUGAACGGUAUCCGACUGCGAGGCUCCAGCCUGCUGCUUGUCUACGAGGGCGACACCAAGGCCGCCUGGGACCCAGAGAACUACGAAAAAUAUGCACCGCAGGCACACGCAGACGUUUACUCGAUCGACUUCAACCACUCCUACUUCAGCACCGACCAGCCCGGGCCUGACAGUGUGUACCUGACCGGCCUCAACAACCUCAUCACCACCCUGAGCGCCGUCUAUGCGAUGCCGCUGGAGCCCCCGUCGUCCGCCGCCCAGGUUGUCGCCCCGACCUUUGGUGCUCCUGUUGACGAAUGGAAGAACUGGUUCCUGUCUGCCCCGGUGUACGCCUCGCUUGGUGACGGAUAUGGAUCGCUCACCCACGGCAUUGACCAUGCCCUUGACUCGUGGAAGAGCUGGGCCAAGGGCAUCCCGGUCCUGAGCGGCACCGCUCUUGGCACCACCAGCAGCUUUCGACCCGGAAGCACCAUUCAGGCCAGCAGCACCGUCAAGCCCAGCAACACGGCCAAGCCCGGCAGCAGCAAGUAAUGCUGGCCCUAUGUGGGUGUGUGGCGGCGACAAGGCCGAAACGAGUUCAUAAAUCACUUUGAUACAUUGA